GGCGGAACCUUCAGCCACCGCACCCGGACUACCGUCGGUCUCUCCGGAACUCAGCCCCAGCCUUCCUCCUUCGUCUCAUGAUGGUUGCUCCACUUGUGAUCCUUCUCCUGUAUCACCCACAACGCCACGCUCCGCUGAUAUGCAUUCGCUAAAGGGCAAGCCCGUUGGUUUGGCUCGCGACGAGUACGGCCGUCGCGCACCCUCGAGUGCCUACAUCAACUCUGGCAAUACCCUAACAUCAGGAUACGAGUACCAGCAUCCUGGUCGGGACUGCAAAAAUAUAUCGCCUGCCGGGACAGAUUCUCGGCUCUCAGCCUGUCGCCAUUCUUGCAGCAAGGAUGAUGACAGCGAUUAUGAUUCUCCGGUGCACCCCGUCCGACCGUGGUAGCUGGGGAGUAUCCACCGGCACUUGUCUACUGCUCUUUGCAUAUGAUUUUCGUAAUAUUCGCCCGGUACAUAUUCACGUUUUAGCCGCACGGUUGGAUAUAAUUUCCUACUUGCGUUUAGCACAGUUGCUGUAUAAUUUUCCUUUUGCUUCCAUGUCGAAUUUGCUAUCAUCGCAGUCAUUAGUGCACUUGUAGUAUAUCAUAAUCUGAUAAUGGCAAA